AUGCAGAGUAUACGAGAGAUGGAACAGAACGGAGGAGAAAGCAUGUAUAAUCGUCCGAAGUCACCCCUUCACAGAGGCUUGGAUGUUCUCAGUGCCGCUGCUGCUUCUCAUGAAGAAGAUCGAGCUUCUGUAAUUCAAAGCACAAAAGUCGGAGACCAACAUCAAAGAUCUGCGACUCCUUCCGAACGCCCAGAGCAUAGUUCGGGCCAUUUUGCUGAGAGGGCUAGUGGUAGUAAGUCCAAGAAUACCGCCACAGCCGGUAAGACGAAUGCCCACCAGACCCCACGAUCGAGCGAGCAUAGAGACGGAUCAGAACUGCCACUUGAAACAACGCUCAGUACCUUCCAUUCUCCACAUGCGCCACAGACUACCAAUCAGCAGCUCGGCCAGUUGUGUCCUUUCUAUUACAAUCACUCCAUCGGUAAAUUUUGUUUUAACUGUCGAUGCAUGGAAAUGCCAUGGAGAGACAUACAUCCAGUGGCUCUUGACACAAACGGCAACAAAAUACAAGUUCCUCCGCAAGGUACAUUGCUAGAAGGUGUAAGAAACUUGAAUGAACCCUACGAAAUUGCCCAGCUUGCUUUGCUUGUCGAGUUUCGCAUCAUAGAACAGGAUAUUGCCACCAUUCCUGGUCUUGUUGCAACUUUCAAAUACUUCCCACAUUUGCAUGAUGUUGCUCAUCGAAUUGCAGAUAUGGUCAAAGAGCUUCGAACCUUAGCUAAUGAAGGUGAGAGUGAACGAGUACCAAAAUGGUUUGAUACACUCCAUGAGUUAUUGAAAAAUCCAAAUUUAACCCACGACCAAUACUUCGCACAGAUAACUGGAGACUGGAACUUUCAAGCAAAGAAUGCGACGCCACCCAUCCAAGAAACUCGAAUCUCAACACGAGUAUUCACCGGUAUUCCAGUAAUGCUCACCGUGGAAGAUGCAAUCAACUAUGAAAACAAUCGCGACGAGCGUAACGAAGCUGAUGCUCGCCAACUUAUGGAACAUCUGCAUAGGAACGAGAGCAGAGGUCCAGGAUAUGUUCAGUUCACGUUCGACUUCGUAAGUUGGUUAAGGGAAGGAGCGCAUAGCACUGGCAAAGGUGCGCCACAAUGGAGUCCUCGCUAUGCUCAAGAAUACUACAAGUAUGCGUAUCCCGCGUCUGCAUUGGCACCCGGAACCAACAACAAUGGUACACGAUCGCGUGGUCGUUUGAAUUUCUCAAAUCGUCGUAACUCGACACCCACAACACCACGUUGUAGCGAAGAAGCCUCUGACGUUGAGCUCUACGAUAGCAAUGAUGACGAAGAAGAGCUUGAAGGAGCUUACUUUCGUAAGCUGCCAGAAGUCAAGAAGAACACGCCAGGUCGUGCCAAUGUUACAUGGCGAUUUGUCGAAGGAACAGAUAUCACAAAUGCACAACUAGGUAACCCUGAUCCUAGCAAAUUCUACCUGACCCGCCAAAAUGUCGAUGAUCCCGAAGAGGUCGAUCUCCGCCAAUACGCACAAAUUGCCGGAUUUGACUGGAAUGAUCCUGCUGAUAUUAAGAAGCUCAACAAGGCUAGAGCUCAAAACCGUAAGCGUACCUAUGGUAAUGUUGCCGAAACAAGAAUCCCAUGGACACAGUUGGAGAAGGAUAAACUCAUGGAGGAGGUAAAAGAUGCGAUUAGGGUUGGUGAAACCAGACAUACGAUUGACUGGGAUGAGAUUGCAGAUCGUCUUAGACAGAGAUUCGAUGGAUUUGUGCAGAAGAAGGGAUCUAAGCUGGCACCAGGGGUCGAGAGAGAACCAAAGAAUGGCAAGAAAGAUAGAACUCUCAAGACUAGUCGCAGUGAUCGCGUGGGUUAUAGUCGCACAGGAUCUGCAACCGAAACACAAGCCUUGAAAUACCCCGAUAUCCUCAAGUUAGUCAAUGACGCCACUGGAAUUGGCGGAAAAGGAGGACGAGGCGUGCUUAGAGGUCCUCGUCGACUCUCGCAGGCUGCUGGUGAUGAGAAGGAAUCAAACAGUCGAUCCACAAAGGAAGCCACGCACAGCCCCCACCGCAGCUUUUCACAGGCUAUCGAUGACGAACAAGAUAAGGAUGUCGAUUCACCAACCAAGAAACGCAAGAGUGUUAGGGGUUCUGGAACGAUGUACAGUGCGCAGACCAAAGAACUUAGUCCAGUGGCAAAGCGAGCUUUUGAACUUCCCAGCUACAACUUUGUGCACAUGUUUAAUGAUGUAUAUGAUGAUGGAAAUGAUCGUCCAUCGAAGAAGCCAAAGGUUAUCCACCGUCGCUAUUCGAGCGACGCGGCACCGCAUAUGCUGAAGAAGCAAUACAAUGAUGAAGAGGAUAACGGAACACCACCUUCGCCAUCCCGACCAUCUGCAUUGAACGCUGCGUUUGGGUUGAGGCUUCCCAAGAGUAGUGCAAAGCAGUUUGACACCACUUCAAGCAGGAGAUAG